AUUAUGGAUUUCUUAUUUUGAAACAUUUUUAAAUGCUAAAAACCUUUUGAUUUUUCUCCCUGCGGGCACCAAGACUUAGCGGGUGCAAAACAAAACUGCUUGGUCUACGCAGAUGAACAGAAAAAAUUUCUCAGUUUCAGCCUAGUACAUCAAAUUAUAAUUGAGAGAUUCUUAUUUUAAAUGAGAAUUUCCAAUGGAGUUUGUUGAUUACAUCAAAGCUCCUACUACUGAAGGUGUAACUCUUCAUAGGCCUUUUCAUCCACCUAUGGAAGGUACAUUAUGCAUAUCUGGUCAUCUUUUUAUCUUAUCAUCUAGAGGAAAAAAUGAAGAAUUAUGGAUGUUACAUCGUAUGGUUGAUUGCAUUGAGAAAAAGUUAAGUUUCUGUACUGGAACAAUUGUAUUAAAAUGUAAAGAUUUCAGAAUACUUCAGCUUGAUAUACCUGGUGUAGAAGAAUGUAAUAAUGUAGCAAGUUCUAUUGAAUACCUCAUGAGUUUAGAAAAUCCAAGGUCCUUUUAUCCCUUCUUUCAUCGUGCAAUGUUCGAUAUGUUAGAAGAUGGUUGGACUUCUUUUUUAGCAGAAUCUGAAUACACUAAACUUCUUCAAAACAAAGAGGAUUGGAGGAUCAGCCAUAUUAAUAAAGACUACUCAGUUUGCCCAACUUAUCCACAACUUGUAAUUGUUCCUAAAAGUAUUGAUGAUGAAACUUUAAAGAUAGUAGCUGGUUUUCGUCAGUUUGGAAGGUUUCCUGUGCUCAGUUAUUACCACAAAGAAAAUAAGGCUGCUUUAUUGCGAAGUAGUCAACCAAUGGUUGGUGCUAACAAUAGACGUUGUAAAGAAGAUGAGCGAUUAUUGAAUGUUGUUUUGGGAUCAGGAAAGAAAGGAUAUAUUAUUGACACUCGAUCACAGAAUAUUGCUCUUUUGGCUAGAACAAAAGGUGGUGGUUUUGAACCUGAUGUAUAUUAUCCAUUGUGGAAGCGCAUGCAUAAGCCUAUUGACAGAUAUUUCAAUCUUCUAGAAUCAUUAACAAAAUUAAUUGAAGCUUGUAAUGAUAACACUUGUAAUGCUGAUAAGUGGCUGUCACGUUUAGAAUCAUCUGGAUGGCUAACUAAUGUAAAGGAUGUUUUAACCUGUGCAUGUUUAGUUGCUCAAUGUUUAGAUCAAGAAGGUUCAUCAGUUUUAGUUCAUGGUGCAGAAGGUACUGAUGCUACUUUAACUGUCUGUGCUUUGACACAGAUUAUUCUAAAUCCUGACUGCCGUACUGUGCAUGGUUUUGAAGCACUGAUUGAAAGAGAAUUUCUUCAAGCUGGUCAUCCUUUUAGUAUUAGAUGUCAAUGUGGCCCAUAUGCUGCUGCAAAUUCACGAUCAAAAGACCAAAGUCCUACUUUCUUGAUGUUUUUAGAUUGCGUCUUUCAGAUUCAUCAUCAGUUCCCCUGUUCAUUUGAGUUUAAUGAACAAUUUCUAGUCACUUUAUUUGAACAUGCUUAUGCUUCACAAUUUGGUACAUUUUUGGGCAAUUGUGAUAAAGAUCGUCAUGAUUUGAAAUUAGCAAAAGAAACUGUAUCUUUAUGGUCUAUGUUAAACCGCACUGAAAUGCUGUUAACAUAUCUAAAUCCUAUGUAUGAACCUAAUAAGAAUGUGAUAUGGCCAACUGUUGCUCCACAGAGUAUAGUGUUGUGGAGUGGGAUGUAUCUCAGAUGGGUUCUGGACCAAAAACCACAGCAUGAUGCUUGGAAUACUAUAGCUGAAAUUCGAGAAAAAGAAAAAGAAUUGCAAUCAAGAGCAGCUAAGCUAAGAAGGAUUUUAAUGGAACUUGAAAGAGAAGCUAUAGAUGCUGGCAUUAUUAGCCCUCCUACAGUUGAUUUGCUUCCUUUCGAAAACUGCUGAGUAUAUUCCUGAUUUUGGCUGUGUGAUGAUGAUGUAGAAAUAAAUCAUUAUUUAUUUCCACAUUAUUUAUUUCCAGCGACAAUUUUUUUUUUGUGUGUGUGUUUUGGAAAGGUAUUAAUAUUUUUAAUUAUUCACAGAAAAGAAAUAUUCUUUUUUUUUUUUUC